GCAGCAGAACUCCAGACUAUAAAGAACCCGGUGUUCUCCCGGCUCCCUCUGUCUCUCUCACUUGUCCUCGUUACCUGUAGUGAAGACCUGCCGUGAAGCUGUGAUGGACCGCUGGAAGGGCAGAGUGGCUCUGGUGACCGGAGCUUCGGUCGGGAUUGGAGCGACCAUCGCCAAAGAGCUGGUCCGGUACGGCAUGACGGUGGUGGGCUGCGCGAGAAGCCUGGACAAAAUUCAGGCCUUGGCUGCAGAGUGCAAGAGCGCAGGCCACAGUGGCGUCCUGAUCCCGAUGAAGUGCGACCUGACCAACGCAGAGGACAUCCAGUCCAUGUUCGCAGCCAUCAAAGCGCAGCACAAAGGCGUGGAUGUUUGCAUCAACAACGCAGGCCUGGCUCACCCCGAGUCUCUGCUGAGCGGCAAAUCCAGCGCCUGGAAGAACAUGCUGGACGUGAACGUUAUGGCUCUGAGCAUCUGCACUCGUGAAGCGUACCAGUCCAUGAAAGAACGUAACAUUGAUGAUGGGCACAUCAUCAACCUGAACAGUAUCUGUGGACACAUUGUAAUUAACAGCGGCGACAUCCAUUUCUACACGGCCACCAAGUACGCCGUGUCCGCCCUGACCGAAGGCCUGAGGCAGGAGCUCAGAGAGGCCAAGACUCACAUCAGAGCCACGUCCAUUUCUCCUGGCAUAGUAGAGACUGAAUUUGCUCAUCGUUUCUACAGCGAAUCCCCUGACAAAGCCUCUGCAACAUAUUCUCAGCUUAAGCCGUUGGAGGCGAUAGACGUUGCUAAUGCCGUGGUUUAUGUCCUGAGUGCCCCGCCUCAUGUUCAGGUGGGAGAUGUGGUGUUGCGACCUGUGGAGCAGCAGAUGUGAUGUUGAACCAUGUGACGGCUGCAUUUACACACCACUCACUCUUCAGAUGAUCUCCUUACUUCUUCUAUGAAAUUAACAAUUUUAAUCUCCAGUUUAAAUAAUAAAAGUCUGAUUUUAAGA